AUACGGGUAAGGCACGUCCAUUAAUAUAUGUCUAUGGUUAGAAAGAUAUUAUCUAUGAAGAUAUGUGUGAAAGGUUAAAUUAAAAUAUGGAUAAAAUAAUUUUUAAACACUAAGCGUACUAUUGUUUACACAAUUUAAAAUUAAUAUGUUGUCUACUUUAAGAGAGUCAUGUUUGUAAAAGCUUUAGUGACCGUAAUACGCCGUAGAAAAACAAUUCUGUUAGAUUUAAGGCCAUGUUUAUAUCAGUCGGUAUAUAAAUAUCAAAAAGAUUCUAAAAAUAAUGCUGUAACCAAGUUUAAAAACGUUGAAGUGGGCACAAAUGUGAAACCUUUAGGAGAAAAAGUAAAAGAAACAACAAAAACAGCAUCUUAUGUGGGAAUAAUAUUGCUGGGCAUUGGGGUUACAGGGACACUUUUUUAUGCAGUUUUUAGUGAACUUUUUUCAAGCAAAAGUCCAAAUAAUGUUUACACGAAAGCAGCUAAAAGAUGUACCGAUGACCCACGAAUUCAGGAUAAAUUAGGUUUGCCCAUAACAUCAUAUGGUGAAGAAACACGAAGAGGAAGACGGCAGCAUGUAAAUUACUUAAAAUUUAAAAGAGGAGAUAUUGGUUUUUUAAGGAUGCGAUUUUAUUUACAAGGAGCAUUCAAUAAAGCAACUGUUCAUCUAGAAAUGCAAGAAAAUGCAUCAGGAAACUAUGAAUAUCGAUAUCUUAUCGUAGAAGUAAAUGACAUGUUUAAUACCACUAUUGUGUUAGAAGAUAAUCGUCAGGUUAAUAUUCCUUCAAAUUCUUCUGAAUUGUUACUUAACUAAUGUUAUGGGAUAAGCACAAAUACAGUAGAGAAGUUGUCAAUAUAAUGAACAUAUUUUGAAGUAAUGUUAGAAAUCUUGAGUACAGUGUGUGUUACGAACAAUAGUUUAAUUUAUGG